AUGGCAGAGGCAAACAAUGCAGCCCUGUAUGAGUCUCGACGGCGGCAGAUGGGUGGCUCCGAAGUUAUCGACAACAUUGUUUCUGGAUCGAAUUUCGACCGGGACGAGGUUGAUCGGUUAAGAAAACGAUUCAUGAAAUUGGACAAGGACAAAAAUGGAACGAUAGAACGAGAUGAAUUUCUCUCUCUGCCUCAAGUAUCAUCAAAUCCUCUGGCAACUCGGUACGUCAGCUUUGCUCGUGCUCCGUCGUCCAUGCCGCCACGGUUUCCCCGUCACUAUUCCGCUAUGCGCGACAUGAUGGAUGAGCGAAUACUUACACUGCUCCUCCCUAUUUGCAGAAUGAUCGCCAUCUUCGACGAAGACGGUGGCGGCGACGUUGACUUCCAAGAAUUCGUGUCCGGCCUCUCCGCCUUUUCCUCCAAAGGCAAUAAAGAAGAGAAGCUCCACUUCGCAUUUAAGGUCUAUGACAUCGAUCGCGAUGGCUACAUCUCCAAUGGUGAGCUGUUCAUCGUGCUGAAGAUGAUGGUCGGCAGCAAUUUGAAGGACAUGCAGCUACAACAGAUCGUGGACAAGACGAUGAUGGAGGCGGAUCUGGACGGAGAUGGGAAGAUCAGUUUUGAGGAGUUUACCAGGAUGGUGGAGAACACGGACGUGUCCAUGAGUAUGACAUUGGAUCAAUUCUAA